AUUACCCGAACGGUCGAAACCUCGAUGCAAUGGGAACGAGUCCCGCCCGUUAAAUCGUUAAUCACAGAAGCUCCUUCACUACCAAAUUCCCUCUCUCGGAUCGAUCGGCGAUUCUGUUUUUUGGUUCGUAUCAAAUCCCUCUCGCUCUCUCCCAGUUACUGAUUACGUAUAAUGGAUUGGGCUUUUGUCCAUAAAGUUUGGGACAAGUGGGCUUCUAACAAUGUUGGUUCUUCUGGUGAGCCGUUGAAAGCUGCUUUGCUAAUUAACUAUGAUCCAACCGGACCAUCUCGUUUGUUGUCUACAAUUGCAGAACAAGAAGGGAUUAAAGCCAACCCCAUUGAAUUGAGCCAGCUUGUGGAUUUCAUCAAGUGUAACAAACUCCAAACUGAGAGCUUCAUUAUUGGGGCAAACCAAUAUGUGGUGACAUCAAUUCAUGAGAAUUGGUUCUGUGCAAGGUGCAUGAACACAGCAAAACGUGCUGGUGAAGGUGCCAUAAUAAUGCAAACAGCAGCAUUCCUCUUGGUUGCAUUGUAUGAUGGUUCAAUCGGCCCUGCAUCCCGUGCUAUGAUGGCUGUUGAUCAGUUUGCAUGGCAAUUAGGUCGAAGAAAUCUUUAAUUACUAUUCUAGAAAGGAAAAUGAUACAAUUAUAACUACUUUUUACAACUUUUAUACAACCAUGGUUAAAUGAGAGAUAUUUUUGUAAAACAACUUAUAAAAAUAACAUCAUUUUACAUAACUAUCCUCAAUUUAACAUAUGGUUGUAGAAAAAUUGUAAAAAAUAGUUGUAAGUGUAUCAUUACUCGAUUAUUAUUGGGUUUGAUAAAGAAUUUAGAAAUGAACCGAAUGCCCUCUGGAAACAAAAUGGGGAACCAUGCCUCUGGUUUUUCAAUGCAAUUUCUUGCCUUUGACUUC